CACAAAGAUACUGGCGGUCACAUGAGGACGAGCUACUCUUGAAAAUAACGAGUUUAAGACUAAACAGCGGCUUUAUGCUUCAGGUUUUUUAUUACAUCGAGUGGUAACUCCGAUUUUACUGCUUGUUUAAAAACAAUACACAUGGACGGAAGACAAUCAUAACAUACACGAGCACAGUAUAACAGAGGAGACGCACCUUUGGAUAUGAGAUGACGGCAGACUACUUUUGCUGUUGGAAGGGGUGUUGCUGUGGGUUACUAGGAGCUGAAAGGUCAGGAACAGAAGAACCCAACACUGACCGAUAGACCAGUCUCUGGGAUUUGGCUGUUCUGCUCAGCGGCCUCCUGAUUUACCAACAGGAUGGUGUAUUUAGUGUCGCUCUGUGCCUGUUUGUCCUUUCUGAUUGUCCUCGGCACAUGUCAUGUCAUCCCCCGCCUCUCUUUUCCCAUGGGUAGUCCAGGUCGUUCUCUCACUGUCUUCACAAAUCCUGAUGUUUACAACACCACCACGCUGUUGCUUAGCAACAAUGAGGACACCUUAUUUGUCGGAGCACGAGACACCGUUCUCUCUAUAGAUGUCAGUCACACUGACACUAUGACCAUGAAGAAGAAGAUGGACUGGUCGCCCUCAGAAAAAGACCUAGCUGAUUGUUCCAUGAAAGGAAAAAUGAAGCCGGAUUGUUACAACUUUGUGAGGGUUCUGCAAGUGCUCAACUCCACCCAUAUGUACACCUGUGGAACGUUUGCCUUCAGCCCACGCUGCAUCUACAUCAAUAUAAAGACGUUCUCUAUGGCCACAGGCCCCAGCGGUAAGCCCGAAGAAGGCAGAGGUCGCUGCCCUUACGACCCGUACCAGAAGAACACAGCCAUCACUGUAGAUGGAGAGCUGUACACAGGAACAGUAGCAGACUAUAGAGGGAAUCGACCAGUCAUCUCACGACACUUGAGUGAGGGCAGCCAUGUUGAUCUCAAACUGGAUGAUACACUUGGGUGGCUAGAAGAUCCUACAUUCAUCAGCUCCACCUAUAUUCCCAGUGAGGAGAAGGUUUAUUUCUUCUUCAGUGAGACUGGAAGAGAGUACGACUUCAUUGACAAGUUUACUGUGUCUCGCAUCGCCCAAGUUUGCACUAGUGAUGUGGGUGGGCAGCGAACUCUGCAAAGACGCUGGACCACCUUUGCCAAGGCUCAGCUACUGUGUCAAGCUGACCAAGAACUGCCAUACAACGUCCUGCAGGAUAUUGUCACCCUUCCACCACCAGAGGGCACUUCUGAGGACGAAACGCUGUUCUAUGGGAUUUUUAGUUCUCAGUGGCGGGUGAAUUUGGGUCGUUCAGCGGUGUGUGCUUUCAGCCUCAGAAGCAUUAAAGAGGUGUUUGCAGGAAACUACAAGGUUUUGAAUCGGGACACUCUAAAAUGGAGCACACGGGUGCAGGAGAAAAUGGCAAACCCUGGAGAGUGUGGCCUCCAUAAUGCAUCAGACAACACACUUCGCUUUGUUAAGGAGAACUUCCUAGCUGACAAAAGUGUUCCGCCAGUCAAUCAGGGCCUGUCAAUGGUGUCUCCUGAUCAGAGAUACAGCAAUAUCGCAGCUCAGAGAGUGCGGGGAGCCCGCGGCAGAGAUUACACUGUGCUCUACUUGCUCACAGACUCAGGCUACCUGCACAAAGCUGUGGUUCUGGAGAAAGGAGCCCACAUCAUUGAAGAGAUCCAGGUGUUCCAUCAACCUCAGCUAGUGAAAAACCUCCUGAUUUCAAUCUCGAAGGGUGUAGUGUUGAUAGGCUCUUCAGAAGGAGUGGUUUCAGUACCUGUGUCCAACUGCUCAUACUACUGGAGUUGUGCUGAGUGUAUUCUGGCCAGAGACCCCUUCUGCGGCUGGGACCCUGUGAUGAAAGUCUGCACAGAAUUAAGUCAGAACCAGCUUGUCCAGGAUGUAGAUGGGGGUAAUGUAUCGGAUCAGUGUAAAUCUGUGACCCCCAGGUCGCGCUCGGGCCAGGGCCGAUCCCCCUCAGCUUUUUGUCCUCCAGGUGAGGUGGUCUCUGUGUCUUUAAACGAGGUGGUACACCUGCUGUGUCCCGAAGCGUCACACCUCGCCAAGCGCCACUGGGAGCGUCUGAAUAGUCAGCUCUCAUCCAAAAUUUACAUUCAACCAGACAACGGCAGCCUCAGUUUUGUUGCAACUCCAUCCACCCUGGGACAUUACCUGUGCCAGUCUGAGGAAAACGGCUACACCCAAAUCCUCAUCGUCUACCACGUUAAACAGAAAAGCAACCCCACCAUUCAACCAGUCGCCCCGAGCCGCCCACAGAGUACCCCGGCCGCUGAUGCAGGCAAUAAAGCCCCGGUCUCCACAAACAGGUGGACGACACCCACACGGACCGAGUCGAAGCCUAAAACUGAAGAGCCUGAGCCCACUGUUGCUCACAAUGAUGCGCCGGCUGUCACCACACGGAAAAGCAGGAACUUUACUCGCUGGUUUGAAUCAGAAGAGGAGAAAUCUCGCAUGAUCGAGCCUGGUGGAAACCUCCAGCUCGCUGACAAGCCCAGCUACCUGCAGGAACUAGUUGUGGUGUCCGUUUUGUUAGCUCUGUGUGUCAGCGCCUUGCUAACUAUCGCCCUCUACAGAUUUCGGCAACCGUGUCACAGCAGGACGGUCCCACAGACGCUCUCCUCUCGCAUGGAUGCUGAGAGGGGCGGAGCUGCAACGCCCCAGGAAAGAGAGACUCUCCGAGGGCACUCGCCACGUGGGGAAAAGCGGAAUGGACAAGCACCCAACGGACAGUCACAUAACGGUCAGACGCACAAUGGCAAAUCUCCCAUUACACUGAGCAACAGUAUGCUGACCGGCUCGAAUGGCCAUCUACCCAACACACCCAUUUGAGGGCAGAUACCCUGUGUUUAAAUGAUAUUCCUUUUUCUGAGCCAUAUUUGUGUGUUUGUGCUGUGUCGGACCUUGAGCUUUGUUCCUUUACCACUUAACUGGCAUGAUCACUUUGCACUGGGAAAGAAAAGAAAACUGGUAAAAAAAAAAAAAAAAAAGCACAUUGCAACCUUUAACAAACCUUUGGAGCUGUAAGAUUCAAAGAUCUGCUCUCAGACCUUUCUAGAAGUUGGUACAAUUGUAAAUUUUCCAGUUUGUAAAUAUUUAAGCUGUAAUUUAUGUGACAACUGUUUCUUUCAGUGUAAAUUGUAUCAUAGAUCUUAUACCUCUCUCAAACCACUUUCAGACAAACUCAAAAUGAGAUCAAAUUUCAUGUUUUUUAAUUACGCUCAACUUACAUUUUUUAAAACUGAUAUUUUAGUCUAAUCAGUUCAGUUAAAUAAACCUAUAUUUCAAAUUUACUUUUGAUGGACCUCAAUGAUAAGACAUGUUUAGAGAGAUGGCAUAACUAAUUAAAUUAUCAUACGUCUUUUAUUAACAGGUUGCUGAAAAGUGAAAGUACUUUGGUUUACUUUGUCAGCUAUUUUAGUCUAUGUGGGUGAUUCUCACGAAGCCAGUCAAGAAAAUGUCCUGGUCUUAUUUUACUCCAAAAUCAAAAGAAACAAGUAAGAAAAUAUUUAGCAUAUAGAAAAUGAAGCCAUUUUUUUUUUUUUUUUUUACCAUUAUUAUUUAUUAUAUUGUGACAUUAUUUUAAUGACGGAUGCGCACAUUUUAGCCCCAAAUUCUCUUUACUGCAGUGGGGAAAAAAACUGAUUUAAUAUUUAAAGUACUUACACAUCAUAGUAGUGCUGACUUGGUAUUGUCUUUUAUUUUUUGCUGAUUUUAUAAACAAAACAAAACAAAAAACUGUGUACAUCAUUGUGCAUCAUUUUUACUGUAAUACAGUGAAAAAGUGACUGUUACGGUAAUUAAAAUAAUCACUGAAAUAAUUAGGAAUAGUACAAGUAAAAUGUCCAGAUGCGUAUUGAGAAUUUUGGGGGGUAAAUGUGCUUAAGUAUCCUGAAAAUAAUGUCACAAUGCAAAAUAUCUUAAAUGUAGGCUUCAUUUUAUUUAUGCAAAAUAUGAUUUCAUAUUAUUAUUGUUAUUAUUAUUAUUAUUAUUAUUAUUAUUGAUUAGGGGUUAAAUAUGACCAGGACAUUUUGUUGAUGGGUUUCAUGAGAAUCACCUAUGCCUUUAUUCUAUUUUCUUGUCUAAUUCCUAAUUUUGAACGUUAAGACAGCAUUCUUCUGUUUAACACAGAUUUUGUAAUUUUAUUUUAUUUUUUAUUUUUUUCAAAGUCUUGGCACCAGUUGAAAAAAAAAUGUAAGCUUUCCAAGACAAAGUGGUUUAAUUUAAUUGCUGAGAAUUUUGUAUGUUUAUUGUGUAAAGAGUUGUGCAGAAUCAAGUAUGUGCAAAUACGGGUACUUGUUGAUUUGUUCAUUCAGUUUGGAUAUUUCUCUAUCAUUUAUUUCUUAAAAUAUCCUAAUAUAGAAAUGAUACUCAAAGUAUUAUUAUGGUACUCUGGACCUGAUACAGAAGUGUGUAGCCUGGUUACCUCUGUCGAAUAUUUGGGCUGACUGCAACCAGUUCCACUGUAGUGAAAGGGACUGAACCAUUCACUUGUCUCUUAGUUUGUUUUCCCCGGGCUGCGAUGUAACGCUGAAUGGUACAGAGUUGAAAUCCUCAUUAUGGGGAAAUCACUUGUAAAUUGCCAAAUGUUAAUUUUAUAAACCAUUGAUGGAUAACAUGUUUUGUUGCUAGACAGUUCUUUCUGUGGUUCAAAGAACAAUUACAUUUUUGUCUUUAGCUGGAUAACAGUCCACUAUGCCCAAUAUGUGAAGCCUUUCAAAGGAAUAAAUGCAUACACGUGCACACCACUGUUUUUACACAAU